AUGACAGGACUUGGUGUCUUUGUCAAUUUACCGUCAUGGCUCUUUCACAAUAUGAACAAUGCGCGGUUGGCUGCACUCCAAGAUGCACCAGUAGCUUCAUCAAAUGACUGGCCCAUAGUAAUUUUCAGUCAUGGGCUUGCUGGGUCACUCGAGCUUUAUUCGUACGUGAAUCAGGAACUUGCAAGUCAUGGAUACGUGGUGGUGGUGCCUAACCACAGCGACGGAUCAGCGUGCGUGUGCAGUCCAGAGCCUGGUCGGAUUGAGUACUACCAACAAGUUACACCCGAGGUACGAGAUAAUAUCGAUGGCGCAGGUUUUCGCUUUCGUAACCGACAACUGCAGCAGCGAGUUCGUGAAGUUCGUUCCGUGCUGGAUGCUAUUAUCAAGCAAGAAACCACUGCAAAGAGCGUCUUCAAGCAGUGUAAUCUUGACAACGUGAGUGUAGCUGGACAUUCAUUUGGAGCGGCUACAGCACUGACAGUGGCACAUCAAGACGUGCGUUUUAAAAAGAUGGUGCUGCUGGACGCAUGGAUGGAGCCACUUGAUGAUGACGUGCGCGAUGGACUGGGCUCACGCGUCCCUGCCCUUCAUAUGCUGUCAGAACACUUUCUUCACUGGCGUCUAAAUACUGAGAGUAUUGACCGUCAUGGGCGUGGGUGCACCCAUACGCAAUCACGUCUCACGUGGUUGCGCGGCACAAGACACAACAAUUUCUCGGACAUCCCAGUGUUUUCUCCGAUAAUCAACCGCCUCAUGAAGUCUGCCGGCAAAAUUGAUCACUUUCGCGCUCUCCAAGCCAUCGGCCAGUUAUCCGCUGCUUUCUUAACUGGUGAUUUUGAUGCUCGAGCACCCAAAUUUCCUGAAUUGGCCGCUGUCACCAACACAGAAUAG